ACGCACCCUGGAGAUCAAAGUGAAAUGGAAGCGCUCAGAAAAGAGUGUGACGCUGUUAAGAAGAAAGCUAAGGAUAUGAUCGACAAGUAUUUGACAGAGUGCAACAGACUUAAGGCUAUAGUGGAUGAACAACAAGCAAUUAUCCACAAAGCGCAAGAUGUAAAGAAAAUUCAAGAAGAAAUGGUAGCUUUGCGAAUCGAGUUAGCACAAAAGAACAUGCAGAUUCAGUCACUACAAUAUGACUUGUACAAAUUGAAAGAAAAAUACGACAAUGAAACGAAGUCACUGAAGAAUGAGGUGGAAUGGGGCCUAGAAAAAGUCAGAUCGCUGAAACUGGAGAUAAAGAGAUUGAGGGAACCUGAGACAGAUGAUACUAUUAGUAUAAUGCGGGGUCAACCUGUCGCGUCCAACGAUAAGGAGAACAAUGAAGUAGGAGUCGUGUCUAAUGUGGCUAUUUAUUCUCUCAAGGCUAAGCUUGGAAAACUCGAAACUGAAACGCAAACUUUGAAAGAAAAUGUGAGAAAACUUGAAAAGGAGAAAUCGACUUUAAGUUUACUCAAUACAGAAGCAAGCAAUAAGGUAGCCCAGCUUUGCUCUGAAAACAACGCACUUAAAACAGCCAGGAAGAAAUUAAUGGAAGAGUUUCAAAAGCUGAAGAGAGUACAAGAGAGUUCAAAAGCAAAGGAAGAUUCCGUCGGGCGACUUCCAGAGGUCUCUACAGAAGCGCUUGAAAGACAGUCUAGGAAUUCAUCUUCUCUGAGUGAAUUAUCCACUUGCAGCGAAGUCCCGCCUGCUGUUGAGCGCAAGCGGGUGAAGCCAGAACCGGAGGAAAAUUUCCAAAAUUGGCUUUCAGGAGAUGCAGCUAAUAAUAUGUUUAAAGACGAGCCAAAUCAGUGUGCUAAUCAGUGAUGUUAUCAUGUGCAGCUCAGCGCUGGCCUGUUGAUUCAUAGAGCCAAUUUCACACUAGAGAUAUAACGACAAAGACCUGAAGGCAUAGCAGGGCUAAAACUGUAUGUCGAUGUUUUUAUGGUGUGAACAUACAGACAUAUUAAAAUAAGUGUAGUUCCCAUUUGCUUCAUAGAGAUAUCGCCAUUAUGUGGUCGUCAUCCCUACGAGUUUGCACUACAAUUUUAACCUCCCUAGUCCGUUGGCUUAUUUCUGUAAAUCAUUAUCACCAGUGCGAACCAGAAAUGAGAUACUAAGUCACGAAAAAGGAUUAAAUCUUUGUUUUUAUCGACUGCUUUAAAAAAAAUCAGAUGGGUGGAUUGGAUUCAAGUACGACUAGUUUUGGUUUUGCCAUGCGUUGAAUAAUGACAAUGAUGAUGUUGACGAUAACUGUGUGGCAAAGUCUUGAGAUUAAAUAACUUGUUCAUAAGAA